GUCAUGUAGAUUGUUGACUGAAAACAGAGUGGAACCUAGAGGAGGAAGUCUAUCGAUCGGUGCCGUCCGUUUUCGAAUAAGAGAAAAAUAAAAAAAAUACCGGGCUCAUUUAAAUAAAAAAAUUAACUGUUGGAAUAUAAUAAAACAAAAUUUGAAAACUACGGCAACGCUUUUCUUCUUAAUACAAUACAAAUUAAGUAAAGAAUGAAAAGUGCUUAUCUAUUCGUGUUUUUGAUUUGUUAUGUGGCUUGUAACAGUGAUAAAGAGGCAGAAAUUGAAGACAAGAAGAAGAAAAUAAUUGAACAAUUGACUAGUACACGACCGGUAAUCAAGGAAGGGUACCAAUUGGUAACCAGACAUGUUGGUAUCGACGUAUAUAUGUAUAGAAGUUAUCGUACAGUUUCUGUGGUCUUUUAUCCUGUUAUAAACGAUAUUAGUGAUGCGUUAUUCACUUUCCAAUCUGAAGAACUUCAUUUGAAUAAUAUAGGCUCAUGUAGUCCUCGAGAUGUGAUAAUACACCUUAAAUAUGGAUCGUAUCCUGCCGUUAAUCCAGACGGAUAUGCCUUCCCAAAAAGUUUUAUUGACUCGGAUCGCAGGGAAAAUAUGUACACAGUGGAGCUGCUCUCUGACGGGAAUAAUAUUACGUUUUCAAUAAAAAAUCCGAAGCCUGGUAUUUGGUACGCAUUGGCCUACAUCAAAUGGGAGGAUCCAAGAACGCAAAAAGUUGAACAAGAAGGCUUAGUUGCUGACUGCCAUACAAUUUUAUACACCGACCUGCAGUUGAAAUCUGAUGACACUUCUCGCUACAUGAACUGUUACAAACCUUUGUCAUUAGAAUACAAUACUUUACCAACAUUAUUCAAAUGCAAAUCUGAAGACAAUUUGAAACCAAUAAAACUCGACUUAAACAUUGCAACGACUACAGUUCCAAACAGUAAAAUAACAGUGAGAGUUCAAUCUGAAUCUUCUCCCACAGAGGACAAUUUUAUAUUGUACUGCGUAUUCGAUCCGAGUGUCAAUAAUAACCAGAUAGUAACAUUCCACGCCUUCCCAAACGCUGUACAUUUCAUAAAUCUAGACAUAAUUGAAGAGAACACGUUCAAUAUAACUGACUGUGAUUCAUACGCCAUGAGCGAUAUCGACGAAACUGAUAAUCAAACUCUAGUAAGCCUAAUGCGAGACGAUAAGGACAGAUUUUUCGCAUUCGACUACGGAUUACCAACAACAGAUUUACAAGACGUAACCAGCUUAGUGAAUUUGUCGUCGAAUGAAAUCAGAUCUAUGAGAUUUGAAAUCAACCAAUUUAUAGAUAUUGGUGGAAGUUUGACGAUCGAAACGAGUCUUCUAAUGAGCUUGAAAUAUUACAUGGGGUAUAAACGGGAGCUCAAGAAAGGAGCGCUGUUAGCGUUCACGGAAGAAAACCAGUUCUUUAAGGUAGUCGUCUGUUUAGACAUCAGUCACGCGAGUGUGCCGUUAGAAUCAGGCCAUUGUAAAUUUAAUGAUCGUAUUAAACCUGCACUGUUUGUCUUAAACAGCACUGAUUCGGAUUCUAUUUACGACAAAGUAAUAAUUCCAUUCCCGGAAGGUGCAGUAUGGUACGUGACGUUCCGGCUAUUCUGUGACAGUGUUGUCUGCCCUUGUCGAACAUCGCACAACGGUACGAGAUAUUACGUGGACACCACUGAGAACUCUGGCGAAAUCGACACUACCACAUUUUCUAAUGUAACGAGGGAAGGUGAGACAGAAUGUAACGCGACUGUUGUACUGUCAAUCUCUUCGAACUCUUGCGUGAACGGUAGAUGCAGUAACCACGGCAAUUGCGGAAUAAAUACAUUUAGUGGACUUGUUAUGUCGUUCUGCUCCUGUUCUUCGGGAUAUGGUGGUUGGGACUGUUCAGAUGAAUCAAGGGUCGACAGUCACUUCUACAUGAUGCUCGCUGUUCUUCUCCUAACGUUGAGCAACCUUCUCUUUCUGUUCUCCAUUUACGUUGCGAUAAUUCGCUUCUAUUUCGUCGAGGCUGUCAUGUACAUGUUUACGAUGCUGUUCUCCACCUUCUACCACGCGUGCGACGCCCCCGCCCAAAUCGCCUACUGCAUCAUGAGAGGUAAUAUGCUACAGUUCGGCGACUUCUACUGUGGACUAAUGUCGUUCUGGGUUACACUUCUAGCUAUGAGCAUAAUCAGUUUAAAGCUACGAUCCUUCCUUCAGAUGAUUGGUGCGAUAAUAAUAGCUCUAUUGACGACGUGGAAUAUGCAUUCGUUCGUUGCUUUCCUCAUACCGGUCGCUUGCGGCGCGAUUAUAUUACUCGUAAGUUGGUAUCUGGAUUAUAAAAAGACGAAACAAGUUAAGUACCCGCGUUCGUAUUAUACAACAUACAUGCCGUUGGGUAUGGCUUUGGUGUCUGUCGGUCUGAUUUGUUACGCGUUUUUACAAACCGAACAGAACUAUAAAAUUGUUCAUUCGAUAUGGCACAUGAUUAUUGCCAUAAGCGUCGUAUUCCUGCUGCCUGAUGUUAAAAGACACAACAUUAAUCCGUUUCUACCGAACAGGGAUUUGUACUCGUCGCCAUUUUGGAAAGUUUUAAAUAGACGAGAAGAACCUUAAAAAAGUACUGUUUAAGUAUAUUGAUCGAAGCUAAAAUGUUUCGAGGUCUCUUGAUUAUGAUGCGGUAUUUUCGCAGCUCGAUUAAAUUUAACUAUUGACUUUAUCAAUUAUUAACGAUAGCCAACUUUUGGCAGAGUAGGUGCAAUCUUUGUUAGUUUGUAAGAAAUAAGUGUAUAAUCUAUGUGAAGAUAUAAUUAGUCCAUAAAAAAUGAACAAAAAAAAAACGAUAUUUUUCUGUGUUUACACAAAUUUAAUCGAUUUAGAACUAAAAUUUCACAUGACAAUAUAAUAUACUCGUAGGGUAUUUAAAACUAAAAAUAAAUAUCUUUAAAGACAUAACUAAUACUCUUUUAAGAAAAUACUUCGUAAAAUGUUCCUCGGUUUCGCUCAGUGUUGUUAU